AUGUUAGGGUCCGACGGCCAUGAGAGCAACUAUGACUGGGACUUCAUCCAGCACUACGUGAAGGAGGACAAGAGGGACAGAAGCGUCACCCAGGACCAGCACUACUGGGGCGCGGAAAUAGCCUCCAACCCACCCACCGUCUCCUACAACGAAGUGAUGAACUCUGACCAAGGCGUGGCCGACCUCACAGCAAAGAUCCAAAAAUACGGCUUCUCCUUCAUCUCCUCCACCCCCUCCCACGACCCGGACCUAACCCGCCAGGUCCUCGAGCGCAUCGCCUUCAUCCGCCUGACCCACUACGGCGGCUUCUACGACUUCAUCCCCGACCUCGCCAUGGCCGACACGGCCUACACCAACCUCGCCCUCCCCGCCCACACGGACAACACUUACUUCACCGAUCCCUCCGGCCUCCAAGCUUUCCACCUCCUCUCUCACACCCCUCCCCCGGGUGUUUCUGCCGAGACCGUCCAGGGCGGUGCUUCCUUGUUGGUGGACGGUUUCAACGCCGCCAAGGUGUUGAAAAAGGAGGACCCAAAGGCGUACGAGAUUUUGACUCAAGUCCGACUGCCCUGGCAUGCGAGCGGGAACGCGGGGAUUACGAUCACCCCGGAUAGGUUGUAUCCCGUGUUGGAGGUGGUGGAUGGGGAGCUGGGGAGGGUGAGGUGGAAUAAUGAUGAUAGGGGGGUUGUGCCGUUUGGGGAGGGGUAUACUCCCGAGGAGUGGUAUGGGGCGGCGAGGAAGUGGGAUGAGAUGCUGAGGAGGAGGGAGAGUGAGUAUUGGGUGCAGUUGACGCCGGGGAGGGUGCUUGGUGAGGUCUUUGAUGCUCUUAACUGA